UGCUUUCUUCACCCACGACUCAAACUUUAGAACCGCAGCUUUUAGCUUCUUAGAAGUUGAUUCUCGCUUUUCCUUACAAACACACAUCAACAAGUCGCUAAUGGUGUUUAUUGAAUCUGUUUAAAUCAACGAGCGCGAGUCACAGUUGUGUAUUCUGCAGAAACCGGGAGGACAUCGUUGAACAAGCUAGCUCCAGUCAUUGUUUACUUUCAUGGAGCCUAACCCGCUAAGGACGGAGAGUUUCUGCUUGGCUUAAAUGUUUGGUAGACCCGACGAUGGAGGUGGCUGUGAAAGCGAAUGUCAAGAGGAGGCACCUGAAUGCAAACGAGUGCGAUGAACUGGCACAAAGUGCAGAGGGCACUAAUGCCCUUACCCAGCCCCACACCUUCAACCAGGGGCAGGGCAGCUGUGAGCCCAACAAGUGGCUUUUCCCCAGAACAACCACCAAGCGACGGAAAUGUGGGAUGGUUUCACAGCCUCAGCUCGAGGAAGAAGAGGUUGAUGAGAUUGAUGAUGACAGCCUCCUUGCUGCUGCACUUUCUUCAGAAUAUCAUGAAAAGAACGAGGAGCAGGAGGAGGUUGACGACUCCUCCCUGCUAGCUGCUGAGGAGAAGGUGGAUUACCUGGAGGGAAUGACGGCGGAAAUGUUUGGGGUAGAUGAUGACUUUGAAAUAUGUGACAGAGACAAUCACAACCAGGAAGAGGAGGUGGAGCCCCUUCCCGAUGCUCACUAUGGGCUGGUAGGCAGCAGCAAGGACCUGCUGCAGCCCCACGGCUGCAUACAUGACCUUCCAGUGGAGGUGCUGAGGCAGGUGCUGGGCUACAUCCCUGCCCAGGACCUCUACCGCAGCAUCAGCCUCGUCUGCCAUUACUGGAGGAGCAUUGUCCAGGACACCAAGUUUUUGCCCUUCAAGAAACAAUACUACCGCUACAUGAUGAGAGAGAAGGACGCCGAGCUAGAGAUGGUGUCCAACCUGAAGGACAGCGACAUAACAGAACCAGCAUUGACACAGCACAGCAUACGAAAUCUCAUUAUUUUGAUGGCUCAACAUAAGGUUGGAGAGCGGGUGAGUCCCGAGGACAUCCUGGUGUGUGUUAAGAAACAUCGCCUCUUUCCUGAGGCUGAGGCCUCCAUCAGAUUACGUAUUCCUGAUAUUCAGAAGUACUUUAACCAUGCCUCUGAGGGUCCCAACCCAUGUGCAGCCAUGGCGAUCAUAUUGAUCCUAAGUGAGAAUGUUGGUGACGUGCAGGACUUGGUGUCUCUGCUCUCCGGGUGCAUGUCGCACUCUGCCAUUACAGAGUACCUCAGCCACAUGGCCAUGAUGUUGCUGGCUUUAGAGAGAAGUCAAAUCCAGAUAAGUAACAGGUUGCAUUACAACAUCUACUAUGUGCUUCACCUGAUGGAGAACGGGCCCUUUUCUGUGAGAUCCACUCAGAAUGGGCUGCCUCAGAUGCAGCUCACCUGUGAACAGCAGCACAUCCUCAGUCACGACAUCCAGGACGACCAUGUGGUCAAGAUCAUAGCUUUUGCAGGUACAGGAAAGACGACCACAUUGGUGAAGUAUGCCGAGCAGCGUCCGCACCUACACUUCCUGUAUGUGGCUUUCAACAAGUCGGUGGCUUGUGAGGCAGAGCGCCGCUUCCCCAAGAAUGUGGACUGCAAGACCGUCCACUCGUUGGCCUUCAGUGAUGUCGGGCGGAUGUAUCAUAAUCGUCAGAAGCUGACCUUUACCCUGAAGCCGUAUACUAUCAGUUCUGUGCUGCCUAAAGGCCGAGGUGGCUAUACCAAGGCCAAAGUGUUGACCACGACUCUCAACACAUUCCUGGCUUCAGCAGACCCGACCAUCACCACUAGCCAUGUCGCCAGCACCCACGUAUCUAAUCACGGCAAUAAGACGAUAAUAACAAAUGAGGAAAAAUUGUUGGUUGUCAAUGAUGCACAGACGAUAUGGAAGAAGAUGAAAGAUCUCAAUGAAAAAAGUGCACAGGCAUACUACAUGACCCAUGAUGGUUAUCUCAAAUUAUGGCAGCUCAAAUCCCCAAAACCCUGCCUGUCGGACCAGUACGAUGUCAUUUUCAUCGAUGAGGCCCAGGACUGCACUCCAGCCAUUAUGGACGUGCUGCUGUCUCAGAAGUGUGGGAAGAUCCUGGUCGGAGAUCCUCAUCAGCAGAUCUACACCUUCAGAGGAGCCGUCAAUGCUCUGCAUGUUGUUGACCACACAGACAUCUACUACCUGACACGGAGCUUUCGGUUUGGUGCGGAGAUCGCCUACGUGGCAGCCACCAUCCUCAAAGUGUGUAAGCGAGUCCAGAAGACUCUGGUAGGAGGCAAGCAGAAGGGUGGUGUGUUUGACCAGGCUGCAGUCAAGACCUUAGAGACUGUGAGGACGGGUGUGGGUCCUAACCCGGGGAAGAUUGCCAUCUUGUCUAGGUGCAAUUACAGCGUGUUCAGUACAGCCGUCAGCCUGACAGACGUCAACCCGCACUGCCGGAUCCACUUCAUAGGAGAUGUUAAAAACAUCGGCCUGAAUAGGAUACUGGACAUCUGGCGGCUGAUGCAAGAGCCAGACCAAGAACCAAAUGCCAUCAAGGAUCCCCUCAUUCGCUCCUUUGCAAAGAAGAAUCGCAGUUCCUUCUACGCCCUGAAGCAAUACAUCGAUCAGACGGAGGACUUGGAGCUGGCGAGCAAAGUCAUCAUCGUUGAAAAAUAUAGGACUCGAAUUCCCCAACUGGUGAAGCGCCUGGACACCUGCUUCGAGAGAGACUUCCGCAAAGCAGACUUCAUAGUUGGAACAGUCCACAAGGCUAAAGGUCUGGAGUUCGACACUGUUAUGAUCAGCGAGGACUUUGCCAUGGUUCCCGCUCCCGGGUACAUUCUGCGCCACGAUCGCAACUUCUCAUUUACAAACAUUCCUGACGAUGAGUGGAACCUGCUGUAUGUGGCGGUGACUCGUGCCAAGACGACGCUGAUCAUCACCAAGAGCAUCUACCAUAUCCUCACAGUGGCCGGGGAAUACUUCUUGAAGUCGCAGAUGCCCAACUCCCUGAUGAAGGAGGGCAAGGCUCUCACCUGCUCCCUCACCAACUGUGCCAACUGCAUCAAGCCAGACAUGGCGUUCAUCAUGUCCACACAACAGACGAUUUUUACUGAUGGCGUGUCCGACGGCGGUCCGCUGUGCGAGGAGUGUGUGUGGCAACGCAUCGGACCUACAGCCCUCCUCAUGCUCAAUGAGCGUCUCUCAACGGCUGAAAUACCAGGACAAUUUGGUCAGCCUAUCGUCCGUGGCUUCUAAAGCUAUUUCCAUUUUUUAAAAAUGUUUUUAUUUGUUAACUAGAAGUUGUUAGUGACCUUCAAUGCACUGUUCAGGAUAGGAACAGAGUAUGAAUGUAAGGUGCUCGCCAGCGAUCACUGCUUACUGACUACCAUGUGAUCUUGUUUUUUAAAAACUGUUUCCCGUGUUUGUUUCUUUCUGUGAGAUAAAUGGGAUUGCUCUAUAAUGUACGGUUGAGAUUAUCAGCCAAUAGCAUCCAGUGAUACUCCGGAGGACUGGCAUUAAAAGAGCAAACAUUGACUCAAAACGUAAAUCUGCGGACAAAUGGGUUUACAAGUGUAUUUCCUCUACAUGUCACUUUUUCCUGUUCAGGCUCAAGCGAUAACAAUCCUCAACUCCUGUGUGUACGAUGGUUUCCUCUGACUGAAGCUCGCUCUGUUCCAAGUCUCCAGUGCCUAACAGUUGCUAUCAAAACAUCCCGAGCUUCACUGUUCACUGACAACAGUUCCAGUCAAGACUAAUCAAAAACAAAACAGCUUCCCAAGACCACGACGACAUAAAGAACCAUCAUCGAACAUUGAUUGAUGGGGAAGGUUUAUUAAUCCUUAUCAGAUUUCCUGAUGCUGUCAACACUUUUCGAGCGGUAUAAAUUCUCAAACAUGUUAUUACAGGUUUAUAAAUAUGACUUUGAGCUCCUGAACUUUCCGUCCACUCAAGUGUGAUACGGCAAUAUAACAGGAAAAUGUCUGGACGUGUUUGGAGAACUCAUUCAGGUGAACUUGGAAAGUGAAUCAAUCGAGUUACUCUCUCAUAUUGCGUUUUAUCAGAUUUUAUUUUCUGCAGCAACACACAUAUUUAAAUGGAGGGCAAUAUUCUGACUAUUACACUGAUUAUGAUGUUUACACAAGUUGCUAAUACAAUAUUUCAUUGAUGUUGAAUAUUAUAAUUAUAUUGUUUUAAAUAUUAAAGAGCAUAGGACCUUGUAAUGCCAUUAACACGAAUACAUCUCUAUAUAAUGUGACUAAUAUGCCACAUGUCUUAUUUUAAGUAUUGCUUGUUCCAAGUGUGACCUUGAUCAAGGUAAGAUAGAAAAAAAUGCUGUUUACAUGACAGGAAAGACGUCAGAUAAAAAAAAUUAAUUGUCAAAAGGCCAUGUUUGCAUUUUAACAGAACAAGUUAAUGCCACUAAGCAGAACAUAUUUCAUUAUAUAUAGUUGUCCGUAUAUAUAUAUAUAAAAUCAGGUGUAAAAUAGGUGAUGACCUGUAUCAACACCAUGCAUGAACAAACAGUGUCACACACAACCAGGGAUGUAGCUACCAUUUCUGACAGUGAGGUCACUUCAUUGAUAUUUAUGCAUUUUGAGGGGCUAUUUACAAGUUCUGAAAUAAAAAAAACCCGUCUCCAACUCUAACCCAGAGGACAUCAAGAACAUCAUCCAGACCCAGAAGCUGUGCAGUAGUGAUGGUGGUGUGGAAGUUUCCUAUGUUUUUUAUCGCAUCAUGUUUUUAUGUCGGGCCAGCAUGUCCCAUUCACUACCAUGGAGGAGGCUGGUUUAUAAGCUAUAAGCAACCAAGGGGGCUUCAAGGCACUUUGGCUUCUCUUUUGUCAUCAAUCUUUAUAUGCAGUCUAUCGUUAGGACCUUAUCAGCUGAUCAGUCAUUGACCUCAUUGCACCAAAGAGCCUUCAGCAGUCGAUACGAGAGCGACACGUUGAUGUUGAGCUUUUUAAUUGUUAUUUUUCUGUGCAUUUAGUUUAAGCUCUCACUGGGGUCGACGAGAUUUUCAGCUUGUAAAGUGACGUUCAAAAGAAAUGCCAAACCUUGUAGUUGGAAAUCAAUAUAUAAUAUAUAUAUGUAUUACAAAAAUAAAAUGAAAGUG